AAAAAAUGCAUCUGCACAUCAUCCUCGUAACUUCCAUUUCAUCCACCGGGCGCCGUUCUUUCAAGUUUGUCAACCCAAAGCCGCCAACUCCAAAAUAUUUCCGACCUCCUCCUCCGCUCACGGCCGCGGCGGAGGGGCAGGCGCAUUGAUCGAUCCGACAUUCCUGCCCUUUCCGACGACGAUCGACCCGUCUACUACCACCAUUUCCACCUCCACCACUGAGUCCCUCGCUGGAGGCACCGCUUCCAACCGUUGGCGCCGCUGCCGAUCUUGCUUUUGUCUCGCCAAGAAACUAAGAGUUGUUCUGUUAUUUGCGUCUCGAUUCGUCUCAAAACCGUGGAUCGCGUGUCUCAUUGCCGAAUCUGGGAGGUUCGGGGUGGAGAUCUACGCAAUGACGACAAGGAAUCGGACGCCACUGUACAAGAAGUACCGCGACGCCUUACGAAGCGUUCGGGUGCCGAUGGCCUCUUUUUCUCCCUCCCAUGCUGGCCCUUCGUCAUCUGUGUCGUCCUCUUCUUCGGCGGGGCGUGGUGGUCCGGUAAUCGAAAUGGUGAGCACUUCGCUUCUCCAUCCCAAUCGGUCUUAUGCUCCCGUUAGCACGGAAGACCCGGGCAAUUCCAGUAGAGGGCAUAUUAUGGUUGGUUUACCUCCAGCAUGGGUGGAUCUUUCUGAAGAAAUAUCUGCAAAUAUGCAACGUGCUCGAACAAAAAUAUCAGAGUUAGUCAAAGUUCAUGAGAAGGCCUUAAUGCCUUCUUUUGGAGAUGGAAAAGAAGACCAACUUGCAAUUGAGGUUCUUACCCAUGAAAUAACAGAUUUAUUGAAGCGAUCUGAGAAACGACUGAUGAAGUUAUCUCCUAGUGGGCCUUCUGAAGAGUCAAAUGUUAGAAGGAAUGUUCAGAGAUCACUUGCAACAGAUCUUCAGAAUCUCUCAAUGCAGCUGCGAAAAAAGCAGUCAAUUUAUUUAAAGCGUCUCAGAGAGCAAAAGGAGGGUCAAGAUGGCUUGGAUUUUGAUAUGAAUAUAAAUGGAACUAUGUCUAACAUGGAAGAUGAUGUAUUUGUUGAUGUGGGCUUCAGUGAACAUCAGAUGUCUCAACUGAAAAGAAAUGAGGCAUUUACAAGAGAGAGGGAGAGAGAAAUUGCACAGGUUGUGGAAUCAGUAAACGAACUUGCACAGAUAAUGAAGGAUCUCUCUGUCCUUGUGAUAGAUCAGGGAACAAUCAUUGAUCGAAUCGAGUAUAAUAUUCAGAAUGUCGCAUCCACAGUGGAAGAGGGCUACAAGCAGUUACAGAAGGCAGAGAGAACACAGAGAAAAGGAGGAAUGGUUAUGUGUGCUACCAUCCUUGUGAUAAUGUGCUUCGUUAUGCUAGUCCUCCUAGUACUAAAGGAGAUAUUCUUCUGACAAAGACAACUCUGAAAAGAUGAAUAUCCCAAAAGAUCAGCAACCAUGGUAAAGGAUGUCAUGCUUGAGGCACUGGGAUGGUUUCUUAUAUGAGUUUACAGCAGGCUCAUGCAGUUCUCCUCGUUAGACAAUUUUCCGGGUGAUCUCCAAUUUUAUAAUUCACUGAUUCUUUUUUGAAAGAAGUGAAGAUCUCCAAGUUUACAGAAGGCUCAUACAGUUCUCGACACUAGACAAUUGUACAUGUGAUCUCCAAUUUUCUAAUUCACUGUUUCUUUUUUUGAAAGCAAUGAAUUGGAUGAUCUUGAUUCA